AUGAACUCAGCAAUUCUUGCCUUAUCACUGUUUGCUUUUAUCGUUGCCGUCUUCUCGGCACCUACUGGUCCAAAUAAUAAUCAAGGAUUUGGACCAUCAAAUAAUAAUAAGGGUCCAGGAGCUGGCUUACCACCCAACAACAAUGGCUUAGGAGGAAAUGGUCUUCCACCAAAUGGACCACAUGAUCCUACAGGCAUGCCACCAACUGGCAUGCCACCAAAUGGACCACAUGGUUUUACUGGUAUGCCACCAACUGGCAUGCCACCAAAUGGACCACUUGAUGUUGCUGGUAUGCCACCUAAUCGUGGACCAAAUCCAGGACCAGGAAACAAUCUUCCACCUGCUCAACCCGGUCGUCAUCCAUAA